AUGAUUCCACAUAUUCAUGCUGCAGGACAUCUACCCUAUGCCAAAUCUGCCAGGUUGUAUUUACAACAGAUGGAUGAAUUGGAGAAAACCAUGCCGACUGAUGAGUACAGUCUAUUCACAGAAAAGGGGUACUUCACCAUUCGUCGCAGGGACUCAUUCUGGAGUGGUAACUUCUCAGAUCAGACCAUUGAACAGUUCCUGAUGCGGUCGCUGAAAGCCUCUGGAAGAAUGACACAUGGCAGGGGCAUCACUGAUAGUACGUUGACUAAAUGGGUCUAUGCACUACCUCUCUGUGUUCCGUUCUGUGAUGCACUUGAGAAGUUCACAGGAGUACACACCUGUACAUCAGAUCAACAUAAAGACAUGUUGCAAAGUACCCAGUCGAGAGAUAACAAGCAUCGAUGUGUGUUUCUUGGAUGGCUGGAAGCACAUCCACCAUUUGCGGGCUAUGCACCUGAUCAACUGGUGUCAUUGUCCACCGGAGUCGUUGCGGAUACAUCUGUCGACUGUGACAAUGCUGUAGAAAUUGGUGAAAAGGCAGCAUCAGAAAUGUCAGGGAAAAGGUUCACAGACAUCACUCUACGUCGUAAUGACAAAGUGAAGACGAUCGGUGCUAAAGAGAAGAUGGUGCGAGUCAGAGGACAGCAAGUAGAAGUGAAUUCAUCUCUACUCUUCAAUAGAAUCACAUGUGUCCUGAACAACAGCUCAGAGAUAAAAUCCCUCUUGGCGUAUGAACUUGCUCCCCAGCCACCUUCGCUCUUCCAAUAUGGUGUGAUGCGAAAACCUACAAAGAGUUCUUUGGGACUUCUGUUGAAAGAAUUCAAGUAA